AUCACUUAUGUGCACUCUACAUGUCAAGGACUCAUGAUCCAUGACGGGCUCGGGUUACAUUUGGCAUGGAUGGAAGGAUGGAUGGAUGGAUGGAAGCCCAUUGGAAAAAUGGAUGUUGGCUUCUUGCUUGGGGACGCACACCUUACUUUCGUUUCGCGUGUCUCGUGACAGUUCACAAAUCAUUCAGGCGACAAUCGGCCGAUGAAUGAAAAAACUGUCAAUCACUGCGCUACAUGCACACAUACGAGUCACUGUCUGUCUCUCUCCGCUCUACUCGCUCGCACCUCAUAGAGAGGUGUGCCACCAAACCCCCCACCCACCUCAUACUGAUUGUGUCUAGUCGUCAACACCAUCCCAGUCCUCCCCGAAAGCAUCACCAGGGUACUCAUCUCCGUGCGCCUCGAUGUAAUCUUCCUCAUCCCACAACCGCCGAAUCUCUUCCUGGCGCUCCUGCUCGUACUCUUCCUGGCGCUCCUGCUCCUGGCGCUCUUGCUCGUCCUGUGCCUGCUGCUGCUCGAUGUAGUCGUCCAUCUCGUUGCGUGCGGUCGCCUGGUAUGCCUCGUGACCUUCUUCGGGCGGAUCGUCAUAGUUGUCUUCACCCCACUGCCCACCCUCUUGCCAGCUGCCGUCGUCGGCUGCGUCGCCAAAUGGGUCAUCCUGGUCGUGCCAGUCGCCCUCGACAUAGCCAUCGUCCCACCCCUGAUACAGACAGACAGACAGACAGAUACGCAUAGAUGUGUGUGAGUGGGUGGUUUUGGGUACCUCCUCAGGAGCAUCCUCGUGUAAACCUGACCCUCCAGCGACCACCUGGGCUUUGGCGGCCUACACACACACACACACACACAGAGAGAGAGAGAGAGAGACACACACACAGAGAUACACAUGUGUGUGUGUGUGUUCAGGUCAUGUGUGUGCGUACCUGCCCAUGGUCCUGAGCUUUCUCCUCCUCAUCGUAUUGGUCUUGUUCAUCGUCAUGCCCCUCAUACCCUUCAUUGAAGGGAUCUCCAUCCUGCACACACGACACACACACUCACGGGUCAAGCAUGUGUGGACGGUGGAUGGUGCUAAUAGCUACUGACUGACUGACUGACGUCAUAGUAGUUGUCGUCGCCCCAGUCCAUCGAGUCCUCCUCACCCAUACUGAAGUCAUCGAUGUCCUGACACCCCACCCCACAGACAGACACCGACGGAUGCACACCUGUCUGUCUGUCUGUCUGUAGGGUGGCCUACCUGUUACGCAUACAUGCAGUGGUGCCAGACGGUGUACUGCCUACGUACUAGGUCGUCGCUGUCCUCAUCGAAACCAUCGUCGUCGAUGUCAUCGUCAUCGAAUUCACUGUCAGUGUCGAAGCCUUCGGGGGGCUGCAACGGGCCGUCUGCACACACACACGCAGAGAGAGGGAGGGAGAUGUACACUGUGUGAAGGGGGGAGGGGGAAAGUACACACACACUGCCUCUCUCUCUCCCUCUGUGUGUGUGUGUGCGUGUGUGUGUGCCUGUGUGUGCUGACCGAUUUGUGGGUCGUCCGUGUUUGUCAGCUGCGUCAGGUCGAAGCGGAAGUCGCUCGGCUCGUAGCCCAGGACGAUGCGCACACGCUCGCCCGGCGAGUGGAGGCCAAACGCAGGAUACAGGAGGCGGUCGUGGGGAUGGCUGUCGGCCGCCUGAAGAGUGAAGGCAUCACACCACACCAGGCACCCGUGUCUAUGGGCUAUGUCUGCUGGGGCUGGCUACAUUGAGCUGGACGCAUCGGACAUUCUGGAAGCCGACACCUGACACACAACACAGACAGACAGGGAGACAGACAGGGUACUGGUUUGUGUCGAUUGUGUGUGGGCGUCACGUCUAACAGGCGUGUGUGGGCACCGCACCGAGGAUUUCUCCGUUUUUGGUGAAAAAGAUCUUCCUCUGUCUCCUGAGCAGACCGCAGCCGAUCACCGUACCCGACGGCCACCUGUGGAUGCAGUGCCACAUCCAUCCAUCAGACGCAGAGAGAGAUGAAUGGGUAAGCAAGCAUUCUUACGGAUGGUUCUCGUCCCAGCCAAUGCCGUGGCCUGCACACACACCCCACACACACACAUACACACACACACAUACCUCCGUCUGUCCGUCCGUCCCUCCCUCCCUCCCUCCCUCCGUGUGUGUGUGUGUGCGCGUGUCUGCACCAGCGUCGUGGAAGAGUUUGCCGUCGUCUCCGUGAUAACCGUAGCUAAACGCGUCCCAUCCCACCUGCCUGCAAACCAACAAACAAGACAAGGCUGUGUCUCUCCAUCCAUCCAUCUACGAGUUGGCGUCGCGUCCAGACCUUGCAGUGUUAUAGUCAGGCGGCACCACCCCGACAGAGAUUCUGCACUGCUGGCCCGCAUCCACAAUCUCCACCUCAAAGUAGCACACGUUGGCGGUAACCGGCCAGGGGUCACUCGUGUGCAGCACCGCUACCGGCAGACCACCGCCUGCCGGCCUGCUCACACACACACACACACACGCACGCACACACACACAGAGAGAAAGAGAGAGAGAUGCACGGAGAAUAGUUGUGUGUGCCUUGUGUGUGGGACGUACCUGUUGGCCGGAGGGAUGUAGUCGUACUCGAAGGGGCCGUGAGAUCGCAGAGUGGCUGGCAACCUUCACACAUCGACACACAGGGAGAGAGGGAGCACACUCCCGUCCAUGUGUGUGUGUGUGUGUGGAGAUCGCCUGCCUACGUGCUGUGCAUGGUGUGUGGACGCCCCUCGACUAUCAUGCGCUUGUAGAUGGCCUUCCGGCUGCUGCUGGCAGGGAACUACACACACACACACGCACACACACACAGAGAGAGAGAGAGAGAUGUAUCUAAACCCACACAGACACACCCACACAGACGCACGUUGCGAGGACCUGUGUGUCUGCCUGGAACGGAAACUUCCUAUUGCACAGAGGGUUCCACACGACAUUAUGCUCAGACAUUGCCUUGAACGAACUUGACACCUAACACACACACACACACACACACGAACAAACAAAGAAACCGAUCCGAUCCACGCCUGGCUUAUCCAUCCAUCCAUCCAUCCAUGCCGCAUCUUUCAUUCUCAUUUGCCCCCCACCAUGGCGCAUUUCGCCAAUGUCCGAUCGCCGCACAUCUGCAGUGAAAGCAUUCACAUAAUAGAUAGGCAAAGGCUGCCGCGUGUGUCAGUCAUGUCAGUCAGAUGUGUGUGAGCAAGCCUUCGCAGCAGCUGACUGACCUUGAACACAUCGCUCCAGACGGCGUGCUCGUCACUUGCACCACCACCAGCAGCACUCUCACUGUCACCGACAGCCAUUGGCUGUGCUACGGCGGCCCCGUCAGACGCACCGGCACCACCAGCAGCGGCGGCGGGUGGGCCAUUGGCAGCAGCGGGAGCGUCCUCCAUUGGUUGGUCGUGUGUCGUCACGGUGUCGCUCAUCGGUCCAUCACCCCAACAGACAGUCGCCUGAUGGAACGAAACACCAGGACACACAUCCAUCGGAUUGAAUGCAUCAGAGUGCUGCUGGUGCCACAUUCAGUACCUGUGUUGUCACAGCAAUCAACUUGCGUCCGAGCAACGCAGCAUAACAGAACCUGGUGAGCACGAAAAGAAAUACAUACAGUCGUGUGUCCGAGUGGAUGCGUGUGAGGCCGUCAGGGGUGAUGCCUACCUGCGCGUGCUUCCUUCAGUUCACUGCGAGAUUAGCUCGCAGCCCUCUGCGAGCUCCGCCUUUUUUCCUGACUUCGUGAGCCAUCUCCUGGCCUACGCUGGGCACGCUCCUGACCGGCCGUGCCACUUACGCCAGACGAUAGCCAUAGGUGGUAAUUUUCCCGCACACACGAGCUGCGAGAGGUAUGUGGGCAGGCCAGCAGGCAGCAAGGACACACAGGGCGCCACAGUGUGUGUGUGUGGUGUGUGGUGUGUGGUGUGUGGUGUG